AUGAAGGGGCGCGCAUGCGCCACAAGGGAGUCCCGAAGGGGCGGAGCAAGAGGAGGAAGAAAACGGGGACGCGGGACCGGGGCGGUGGAGACGCUGCCUGAAGCAGAUAUAAGCUCCCCGACGAUGCUUCAAGUCACUCUCCUGUGCUGCCUUCUUGGGGCAUUCAGCUUCCUGAGCACUGGGGCAGAAGACCCUGUGGACAGCCAUGGCCACGCUGGUGUUCGCCUGGAUAAGAACAUGGUGCAGGAUAAAGAGCACAUCAUGGAACACUUAGAAGGCGUCAUUGAGAAAAGUGAGUCGGAGAUGUCUCCACAAGAGCUGCAGCUGCAUUACUUCAAGAUGCAUGACUAUGAUGGCAAUAAUUUGCUCGAUGGCUUAGAACUGGCCACUGCUAUCUCUCAUGUCCAUAAGGAGGAAGGAGGGGAGCAGGCACCAGCCAUGAAGGAAGAAGAACUGAUGAACUUAAUAGAUGAUGUUUUAAAGGAUGAUGACAAGAACAAUGACGGCUACAUUGACUAUGCUGAAUUUGCAAAAUCACUGGAAUAAAAAUCUGUGCAAAUGUGACCCAGUACAAUGUGAUUGAAUGCUUGCCGUAUUGCAGAGUAGUUGUGCUUUUCCAACUUAAGUGCUGCAGGAAGAGACCCAGUAGCAACUUGUUAUUUUGGAGUGAAAAUAGAAACUUUUGGGGAGACAUGACUCAAAAAUGGUGAUACUGCAUCCCACUCCUGAAUUAAUGUUUAACUUCUUAACAGACAAGCACUUUUUGAGAGUGUGGUAUGUCACUGAGGUAGGUGCUUAGAACUGAUACUAUCUGACUCUUGGUUUUAAUAGUGUUAUCAGAAAAUCUUGUCAAAUGAAUACUUCUUUCAUGUGGCCAGGCAAACUCCAUGUGGCCUAGGAAACAAAUGGUGUCCCAGACAUGUAAUCUCGACUGAUAUUCAUUCACCCCAUAGGUCCUUGUGUAAUCAGUGUUCUUUACAGCUUGCCUGGUACAGAUAGUUGCUUGCUGUGGGCAGGUAGCUAUUUGCAAGGUUGUUCAUAGCUACAAACAUUAGAAAGGAAUGUUUACCAAAUACUGAACUCAACUGUCAGUAGAGCCUGUUGAUGAAAACAAUUUGGACUUGGGUAUAAAUAACCCCCUAUGUUGACCUCAGCAUUUAAGCUUUUCAGUCUUUCAAUAUUUUACAAGACUACUGCCACAUCGCUAUACUUUAUUUUUGUUAUUAUUUUUUAAUAUUCAUAUUCAACCUGGGGGAGACCUUGAAUGAAUGUAAUGUAGUUCUUUGCUCCAAAUGAUGUCAAGAACAUUAACUUUCUUAAUGUUUGUAUUUAACACUAGUUUAAACUCUAUCCAGUCAGGGGGCAUAAAAUAAAAUUCUAGAUAUUCUAACCUGCAUCAGAAUGAAAAAGAUAAUGCUGCAAGUUAAGGGUUAGUGAGAUACCUUAACGUUCAAACUAGGUGAUUUCAGAAGGAAAACUGUUUAAAUGAGCUCUCCUAGUCAAGAGAAUACUUGAAUUCUUUCAGAUCAGUAAAAAAGGCCUAAAGUCCUUUGAACUUUGUAGACUCAACAGUAUUUGAGAAGUAAGACGGAAAGACACUGAGACAAAAAGCACUGUCUCAGUACUACUUUGGGUAUGUUUGACGUGUACUGUGUUAAAUGGCAUUAGAAAAUCAGACAUGAUAAGUCAUUAUCAUAACUAAUAGGAAAGGAAUCUAUUAUUACUGAACUGUGCUCUAAGAUGUUCAAAGACCUAUUUUCUGUAUUAAAGUAUUCUUAAAAGAAAACAAAUGUAUUCGUAAGAAUGGUUUCCUGUGUUGAGUGUUUGUGCAAUCAGAGCUACGUUGUAAACUAUUCUUGUAAUAUCUAGUUAUUUUGAAAGAUUUGUAUAAUGGAUUAUCUGGAUAUAUGAGUAAUAAAGAUGAUCAACUUGAA